AUUUUGAGUCUGCUAUCAGUGCCCGCACUCCCAUUGUGACGUUGCGAAGAUCCAAUGGCUCCCAUUGCCAUGACUCAGGUGAUGAAGCUGAACAGCCGAGACUGGCCAGCUCUCUCCGUCGAAGCGGAAUGGGAGUUGGUGGAUUCAAAUCAUGCAAUGGCAAUGGUUGCAUUCCCCGACGAGAACUCGGAGGAACCAAUGACCUGGGCAGCCCGUCUGCUUGGUGCUCAAUGUGCUCACAAGAUCGCGCACAGUGAGAAAAUGCAGAAAGUCAUCAAGGAGAAGUCUCCUGUGGAGAGCCUAGAAACUCUUGAUGUGGAAAGCAUUCCCGGCAGCUUGGCUUUGGAAGAUCCCUUUCCAGAUCCGAAAGAGCUUGCCCGUGAAGCACGCUCCAAGCAUGUGGCCAAGGGUUGCGGGCAAACAAUUCGCUCGAACACCCAGUGUCAGUGGACGACGGUGGUGGCAGAGGAGGAUGAAGAUGCUUCCCAUUUGCAGAUGCUUCGCAAAACCCCAGUGAGAGUGAAAGGGAGUGGCAAGUGCCAGGUCAAAGACACAAAAGGAAAGACCAUCAAGAAGAAAGACACAAAGGAUGCAAAGGCUUCUCAAGAGAAAGAUGAUAAGAUCAAGCCGAAAGAACACCCGCAGAUCAAGGAGCAGACCAGCCGCAUCGACAUUCGUGAAGGUCUCAGCAUCAUGGGCUUCGCCUGAGGGCCACAGAGCGUAGCUCAGAAGUGCGAUGGAAUCGCGGUACUUGAGCGCAUAUAUACAAGUAUGACUAAGUAUGAUUUAAUUUCAAAUAAAAAACUAAGGCGUGCAUCAAAUUUGCAUGUAGCCGCCACGGGCAUUGAGACAAAUGCAAUGUCGCUAUCUCAAAGCUGUGGCCCUGGCUAUAGCAGUUGUACAAAACAAGGUGUGGCACAUUGGCCUCAUACAAGCCUAAUGCAGUUCGA